AUAUGGAAGAAAGGAAACCGUCCAUCGGAGCUCAGGAUGAGACGAACCAUAGAUAAGGAAGAACAGGACACAAAGACGUAACACAGAGGGAAAGAUGCCGUAAGAUUUAGAGUAUUAAGAGCUGUUCGAAAACUGAAACAGAUAAAGAGGCAUACAGCGAAACAUCUGGAGAAGAAGAAGAAUAUUCCUGACGCUGAGGAAAUUUGUGUUUCAACGUUGUCUUGCUUUGCUGUUAAGACUAUUUUCGAAAGGAAAGCAACUCAAUGCUACCCAGUGCGUAGCUCGCGCCAUUUUAAUAUUGUUGUGAGUGAGAAUAGUUCAUGUUGUGAAUAUAUACAAGAUUUAAAAAGAACAAUGGCGAAUAUAACUUUGAAUACAGAUACAUUUAUAUCACGUAUAAAGAAGUUAUACUCUGCUUGGAAGCAGUCUGCAGAAGCCAAAGAAGACAAUGCUUACGGAUUUUCAAAAAUGGAUGCCUUGGUGUCUGCGGUGGGGGUUGAUGAAGAUAUUGUGUACAGUAAAUCCAUAGCUCUUCAGUCAUGGCUGUUGGGAUAUGAACUUACUGAUACAAUUAUGGUUGUCGCCGAGGAAGAAAUACAUUUCCUGGCUAGCAAGAAGAAGAUUGAUUUUCUCCGGCAAAUUCAGAAUAGCAAUAAGGAUGAAAAUGGGCUACCAGCCAAGCUAGAAUUGCAUAUUCGAGAUCGGAGUGAUGAGGACAAAACAAAUUUCCAAAAGCUCAUUGAUGCUUUGAAAAAUAGUAAACGAGGCAAGACAUUAGGAGUGUUUUCCAAGGACAACUAUCCAGGCCAGUUCAUGGAUGCCUGGAGAGCAGUGCUGAAAAAGGAACAUUUUGACACUGUGGAUGUAAGUGCUGAUGUAGCAUAUGUGAUGGCACCCAAAGAAGAGCCUGAGUUACUGAUCAUGAAAAAGGCAUGCUUUGUAUCUGUUGAUGUUUUUAAUAAAUAUCUCAAAGAUCAAAUUAUGGAAAUAAUAGAUUCAGAUAAAAAAGUCAAACACGCCAAGCUUGCAGAAGGAGUCGAGUCAGCCAUAACAGACAAGAAGUAUGUGACGGGGGUAGACUCUAGUCAGCUUGAUAUGUGUUAUCCUGCCAUCAUUCAGAGUGGUGGAAACUACAACCUGAAGUUCAGUGUUGUCAGUGAUAAGAAUGUUUUGCACUUUGGAGCAAUUGUUUGCUCUCUUGGUGCUAGAUACAAAUCUUAUUGUUCCAACAUAGUACGCACUCUGCUUGUCAAUCCAACAGAUGCAAUCCAGGAAAACUACAAUUUUCUUGUUGCUCUUGAAGAAGAACUGCUGAAGAUACUGGUAGAUGGAACAGCUUUGAAUGCUGUUUAUCAGGCUGGAAUCAAGUAUGCAGAAAAGGAAAAACCUAAUCUUGUGGCAAACCUCACAAAGAACUUUGGAUUUGCGACGGGAAUCGAGUUUCGGGAGAGUUCUCUCGUCAUCGGUCCCAAAACAACUGCUUCUGCUCGCAAGGACAUGGUGUUUAAUGUGAAUGUUGGGCUUUCUGGGCUGACAAAUAAAGAAGCUUCUGAUAAGGAAGGCAAAGUAUAUGCUCUGUUCAUCGGUGACACUGUUCAAGUUAAUGUUGAACAACCAGCAACUAUACUGACACCCUCAAAAAAGAAGAUAAAAAACAUUGGCAUUUUUCUAAAAGAUGAAGAAGAAGAAGAUGAAGAGGAAGAAGAAAAAGAAAAGACUCCAAAGGAUCCACAGAUAUUGGGUCGCGGAAAACGAACUGCUGUGUUGGAGUCCAAGUUAAGGUCUGAGCACUCGUCAGAAGAGAAACGCAAACAGCACCAAAAAGAGCUGGCACGGUCAUUAAAUGAGGCUGCAAAGCAAAGAUUAGCACAACAGUCAGAUGGCAGAGAGAAAGAAAAGGUGCGGAAGUCCACGGUGAGCUACAAGAAUCAUGGCCAAAUGCCUCGAGAAGCAGAAGUGCGGGAUUUGAAAAUCUAUGUUGAUCGAAAAUAUGAGACUGUGAUACUGCCUGUCUUUGGCAUUGCUGUUCCAUUUCACAUUUCUACCAUCAAGAAUAUCUCUCAGUCUGUAGAAGGUGAUUACACAUAUCUCCGCGUUAACUUCUUCCACCCAGGAGCAACUAUGGGGCGUAAUGAGGGAGGCUCCUAUCCUCAGCCUGAUGCUACAUUUGUCAAAGAAGUGACGUAUCGUAGCACAAAUGUGAAAGAACCUGGAGAGCUAUCAGCACCGUCUGCAAACUUAAACACAGCAUUUCGUCUAAUUAAGGAGGUUCAGAAGAAAUUCAAGAAUCGAGAAGCAGAAGAACGUGAGAAAGAAGAUCUUGUGAAGCAAGAUACGCUUGUGAUGUCCCAAAACAAGGGCAACCCGAAACUCAAGGAUCUGUACAUUCGACCCAACAUCGUCACCAAACGUAUGACAGGAUCAUUAGAAGCUCAUGUAAAUGGAUUUCGAUACACUUCUGUUCGAGGUGACAAGGUGGACAUCUUGUACAACAAUAUCAAGAAUGCAUUCUUUCAGCCAUGUGAUGGAGAGAUGAUCAUCCUUCUGCACUUUCACCUUAAGCAUGCAAUUAUGUUUGGGAAGAAGAAACAUGUUGAUGUGCAGUUUUAUACUGAGGUUGGUGAGAUAACAACUGACUUGGGGAAGCAUCAACAUAUGCAUGAUCGAGAUGAUCUAGCAGCUGAACAGUCUGAGAGGGAACUGCGUCACAAACUGAAGACAGCGUUCAAGAGCUUUUGUGAGAAGGUGGAGAUCAUGACAAAGCAAGAAAUUGAGUUUGAUACUCCAUUCAGGGAACUUGGAUUCCCUGGCGCUCCCUUCCGCAGCACAGUCCUUCUGCAGCCCACCAGUGGGUGUCUCGUAAAUCUUACAGAGUGGCCUCCAUUUGUGAUCACCCUUGAGGAUGUUGAGCUUGUACAUUUUGAACGUGUGCAGUUUCAUCUGAAGAACUUUGACAUGAUAUUUGUUUUCAAAGAUUACCAUCGUAAAGUUGCUAUGGUUAAUGCUAUUCCUAUGAACAUGCUUGAUCAUGUGAAAGAAUGGCUCAACUCAUGUGACAUUCGGUACUCUGAGGGCAUACAAUCUUUGAACUGGACCAAGAUCAUGAAGACAAUCACAGAUGAUCCUGAAGGAUUUUUUGAUAGUGGUGGCUGGACUUUCCUGGAUCCUGAAAGUGAUGAUGAGAAUAAUGCUGAAGAAGUGGAAGAAGAAGAAGAAGAUGAUGCUUAUGAGCCAUCAGACGUCUACUCUGAAGAAUCAGAUGAUGACUCUGACUACUCUGAGUAUUCAGAAGAUAGCGAAAGUGAAGAGGAAGAGUUGGCCAGUUCAGAAGAAUCAGGAAAGGACUGGUCAGAUCUGGAGCGAGAGGCAGCUGAGGCAGACAAGGAGCGCAGUGACUUCCAGGAUGAAUAUGCCGGUUCAGACAUUAAAGGGAAAGGAAAACGGCCUGGGAGUUUCAGAGGACUAAAAGAUUCUAACCAGGACAGACAUUCUUCAAAACACAAAAAGCACAGCAGUACCUCCAAUCACAAGGACAACCACAAGAGUGGCAGCAAAUCAAGUGAUAAACACAGGCAAGCCCGCACAAAGAGUGGCAGAGCAGGUGGGCACAGGAAGGUGCCACCUUCAUCAAAAAACAGUCCAUCAAAGAGUCGAGAUAAACACCAUGAUAAACACAAAUCUUCACCUUCAAGCAAGAAGAGGUCCCGUGAAGAUAGUGGUAGUCGUGACAAACACAGCAAGAGGAGGAAGUAAGAGUACAGAUGUUGGAAAGGGUAGUCUCGAGGGCUGCGGCAAAGUGAAUCUCCACCAUUCCAUAAUUGAAAGAGGCUCUGAUAGAUGAUACGAAACGAACUUCGAUUCCAACCUUCAUUGUAUUCUGGCAUGAGAGAGCUAUGGUCUUGCAUAUGGAAAAAACCAAAAGCACACAGAAUUCAAACCAUGUUUCUGACAAAAGAAAAUGACAGUCAAAAGUAAACUUUCAAAAUCACGAAACUCCUAUAUGUCCACUGCAGUCAUUUUACAGUUACAGAUCGCUACAGCAAGUGUCAAGGGGUAAUGACACUGGCCAGACGAACUGACAGAUGAUAGUAGUAAGUUAAUUAGAAUUGUCACAUAGAAACAUAUGUGCAGAAGUGUGUAAUUUUGGUUCAAGCUCAGACUGUAUGAUUGAUUUCAAGUGUUGUGAAGAACUUAGGAAUGAUGUGUUGUAUCAGAAAUAUAUUUGAUACAUUAUUACAGUUUUUAUGACGUGUGAUAUGUUUUGGAAAUGUAAGUAUUAAAGAGUUCAUGAAUCUUA